CUGGUCUAACACACGUUCGAGUUUCAUUCCUUGACAAAGCCGUGCGUGCACCAGCGUGGGAGCCCACUGUCCGGAACCGCUGGCCCGGCCGAACCUGACCCAGUGCAACCACGGUACGCAGGUCUGCCGCAGAGGUCGCUGCGAGGGUUCGAUUUGCGAGAAGUUCGGCUACGAGGACUGUCAACGAUUGGCCACUGGCGCUCGCAGCAGCGCGGAGAUGUGCCUCGUUGACUGCAAGCUCAUAGGCACAGACGGCCCCUGCCUGGACACGUGCAAAGAACCCGCCCUGCUGUCACUGUGUAACAUGAAGAGGCAGCGCGGUGCCGCGUGCAACCAGAACCGCGGCUACUGCGACGUGUUCCACCGGUGCCGCAUUGUAGAUGAGAAUGGGCCGCUGGCACGCCUUCAACAGCUGCUCGUGCCAAACCGGGUGCGCGAGCUAAUCAAGCAAUAUACCUGGGUGGCGGCCCUGCUUGGUGUACUGCUUCUGCUCUUUGUGCUGCUGUUCAUCCGCUGCUGUGCCGUGCUCACGCCCACAAACAACCCAAGGCUGCCCAAGGCCAAGAGCUUCAAGGAAGGCAUGGAGAAUCCUUGGAAACUUCUUCAGGUUCCGACUGUAUAAAUCGACAGAGCCGAAGCAAUUCUUCGAAUCACCGUAUUUAAGCGCUCGUUAAAAAAGACGUUGUAUUUGUAAAGUAGCUUAGGCCUAUUAUUUCGUCGUUUAAACUUGGACUGACAACAGAUACUCGCCUACACAGAAUACCGCACAGAAGAGCCAAAGAGGCUCA